AUGCUUCAGUAUCCAGCAGAAGGCGAUCCUGAGCCUAUCAAAAUUUCUAUUAAAGACAUAGACGCUUUACAGCCAGGAGAAUUGGUCAAUGAUAAUAUUAUAUGUUUUUACUUGAAGUACAUCCGUAAUGAACUGGUCUCACCGGAAAGACGGGACUCUAUAUUCUUUUUUGAUACGUUUUUCUACUCAUCGUUAACGAAGGGAGUAAGAAGUUCAAAGAAUUAUUGUAAACAGCUUAUUGAAAAUUAUGAGUCGGUUCAGCGUCGGACCAGAAAGGUGGAUCUCUUUAGCAAAGAUUACAUAGUUGUGCCAAUUUGUGAAGCCCAGCACUGGUUAGUGAUUUGUACCUAA